UUCCAUUUGUGUUGCAAAUUGAAAUAAAAUUAGUGAAUAGAAUACAUAAAAAUGAAAAUAACUUGUCGGAUAUGUAAAAUACAACAAGGCGAAUUUUUUACCCUUGAUAGCGUAGUGCCCAUUUAUGGACAGAGGAACUAUAAGUUAUUGGAAAUCUAUAACAAAUGUUGCCAAUUGAAUGCCCUUAUACAAGAUACCUUGCCUCAGGUAGUAUGUUUGGCUUGUUUGGAAAAGCUGAAAGAAUUUUUCGAAUUUCAAUUAAAAGCCGAAAAAUCAGACUUGGAACUUCGAAAAGAAUUAGAAGGGGUUCAAACCCUUGAUAUUAAAACAGAACAAUUGGAAAAUUGUCAUGUGCCAACUAUUAACCAAGCAAAUACAGCAAUUAAACCGGAAGUGGAAGAAGAAGUUAUUACUACGGAAGAUGAAUUCGAUGAUGAUGAUCAUUAUGAAGACGAUGAAAAAAUACAGGAAGACGAUGAGGAUGAAGUUGAAGAUACAGACAUUUUAUUUGAAUUAUACAAUAAAAAUGAUAGUUGCUUGGACAAUUAUUUAAAAUUUAAUAAAUCUGAAUCUGAGACAGUUGAAGAAUUUAAUGGUCAGGAAGAACAUGAUUAUGAAAUGGAAAUAAAUCAAACUAUUACUGAAAUUAUUAAUACGCCUGAAGCUGACAGUAAUAAAAUGCAUUUGGAUACAACAGCAUCUGAUGAAAUUGAUGCUGGAUUAGAAACAGACAUACCAAUCAUAGAAAUUUCAAGACUUAAAUUACCAAUGCAAUGUCCGCAAAUGCAAACUCUAAUUUUAGAACCAAUGGUUGAAAUUAGGAAGUGGCAGUGUGCCGAUUGCGGUCGGAAGUACUUAACAGAAGAAAAAUUGGAACAACAUCGUAAACUACAUAACCAAUCUGAGGAUUGUCAGUGUGAAAUAUGCGGUACACAUCUAAAGUCGCUGUAUGACUAUCGGGAACAUAUGAAAGAACAUGGCACAGAGCGUAAAUUUUCUUGUGAAUAUUGCGACAAAACUUUUUCCACGCGAGCUAAUCUUAAAUCUCAUUUAUACAUUCACACCAAUUUGCGGCCAUUCAAGUGUGAAAUUUGCGGUAAAACAUUCCAACAAAAAUCAAUCUUAAAGACCCAUAUGACUUUGCAUACCGGCAAACCAUUUGAAUGUACUCUAUGUCAUCGGCGUUUUAGUCGAACAGCUCAUCUGAAUAUUCAUAUGCGGCAACACAAUAACAUACGGCCAUAUCAAUGUACUGAAUGUCCCAGUUCAUAUAUGCAAAAGUCACAUCUGGAUCGUCAUAUAUCAAGCUCACAUUUGGGCGUUCGUUUCCAAUGUACUAUAUGCGGUAAGAUGUAUACUAAGAAGCCGUCAUUAAAUACUCAUAUGCGUGAUGCACACUGUACAACGGUAUGUUUGUACAAUUGUGAAAUUUGUGAUUUGGAUUUUCCGAAACAAAAAGCAUUAUCUAUUUCGGCCACAAAGGGUAGAGCAGCUAUAAGUCCCGCUGUUACUUUAAUAACAUUAUCUUGUGACAUUUGCGGACAUGGUUCCAAUAUAUUGGCCAUACACAUUUUAAUACUUACAUUUGCCGGAGGCAUGCUUACCGCUGAAGGUUUCUGCACUAAAGGUGCACCACUACCACCAGCUCGUGAUGUACCCGAGAAUUCCUUGUCCGGUACAAAACGUUGGAGCGCCUCACCAGUGCCCGCAGACUUAGCGGGCAUGCCAAGUGCAAUUUGUUCUGAAAUAUCACGCUCGCGUUCUUUUUGCAAUUUGGAACGCUUGUCGGGAGCUGCGCGUGCCAAGUUACGAUCGCGCUGCCGUUCACGAUGUCGCUCAGCACGAAGUUCAUUACGUUCUUUGGCGUCAGCGCUUGUACCUGGUACCUCUUCUGUGGGAUUACUAUUCGACAACACUGGAAGUACCCCUCAAACAAAGUCUUUAGUUAAACAGUAUCUUUCAGUUUGUAAUUACCGCAGAUAUAACGUAAUUAAUUUAACAUGCAUAAAUACAGAUAAAAAUUCGUUUUUGUUAAAUUUUUUUUCGACAAUGUCUUCAGCAACAUUAGCCACGAGCUGUAGAGCAUGCCUAAGAGAAUCAUUGGAAUCAUAUUUUGAAAUGAAUAAACAAUGUCAUUUCUCUUCAGAUGAUCAUAAUUUCGGAGAUAUUUUAAAUUUUUGCACUCAUCUUCAAGUAAAGAUAAAUGAUGGAUUUCCACAGAGGAUUUGUGUAAUAUGUGUUCAAGAUUUACAACAAACCUAUGAAUUUUUGCAAAGGGUAAUGGAAAGCGAUAAGAAACUGAACGAGUUGAAGGAAGUUGAUGAUUGUGAUAACGAAGAAAAUGAUGAUAAUGUCAAUGAUCAUGAUGAUUUCACAAAAGAUCCUUUAGAAAAUGCAACGGACAACGAAGAUAAUUUAGAUAAUGAUGUAAAAUCCGAAAUUGUUGAUGAUAAUGAUGAUGAGUAUUCUCGUACUUCAUUGGAUAACGCUGAUAAUACUUUUGUAGAUUCUCACCUUAACAGCACCCUUAUCUCCCCUCAUCUUAGUGAUAGCAUUGAUAAAGAUGAUGGCGAUUUUUUUAAGUCUGUAGAAUCACAAAUUUUUCCUCAAGGCCGUUUAAAAUGUAAUAUAUGCCACAAGGCUUAUUUCACCAAUAUAGGUCUUCAAGCUCAUAUGGAUAUACAUUUACCUAAAGGUAAAACUAUUUCAAAGUCGUCAUUGAUUGUUGGUAAAUAUAUAAAAAAGAAGAAAAUCAUUAAAACCGCCGAAAUAUCGGAUGAUGAAAAUACCAAUAACCAGAACGCAAAGUUAGAAAAGGAUGAAAGUAGGGCGAAAAUUCCAAAACCAAAGAAAAUGUUUCCUUGUGAAGUUUGUGGUAAACAAAUGAUAUCUGCUUCGAAAUUAAGAUAUCACAUGGUAAUGCAUACAGGUGAAAAGGACUACUUAUGUACAAUGUGCCCUAAGGCGUAUUCAACAAUAUAUGCCCUUAAACAUCAUAUGCGCGCCCACACGGGAGAACGUCCGUAUGAGUGCAAAUUUUGUGGUGAUCGUUUUCUACGGCCAACUACGCUUAAAAGUCAUAUGCGACGACAUACGGGAGAGCGGCCAUACGGUUGCGAUAUUUGCGGCAAACGUUUCAUACAACACUCAUCUAUGGCUACACACAUGAAACUUAAUCAUAUGGAUAAAACUAUUCCCUGUCCCUAUUGUGAUAAAAAAUACGCCCGACAAACUGACUUAAAUACGCACUUAUUAAGUCAUAGCGGCGAUAAGCCAUUUGCCUGUCAAAUGUGCCCGAGUCGUUUUACACGGCAGUCUAAUUUAAAUAAACAUAUGAAUCAACAUCACAGUGACAUUGCACUUGGAGAUAAAAAAUCUAAAAAGAAAACCAUAAAGGAAGUUGGCGGCAGUAAUGAGAUUACACAACAAAUUGAGAGUAGUGACAAUAAUGAUUUGUCUAUGGAAAGGCCUUCAUGUUCUUCGAAUUUAAAUUCUACCGCUAUGUUGCCUCUUGAAAAGCAUUCAUCAGUUCCUAGUUUUCAACAAAUGUCUGCUGCAACAAAUGAGCUGUCUGUUAACCAAUUAAACAAUUGGAAUUGGCCCAAUCAAACUUAAGUGUAGUAUUAAAUAUUCCAUAUUGUAUGUGCCUUAAUGUAAUAUGUAAGCAUGUAUGUAAAUAAAAAGAUUCUAAUUUCAAAAAAAAAAAAAAUGUGAAUAUUACCAAAAAAUA